AGAGGAAGAAGACGAAGAAGAAACGAAAUGCGUCACGAUUCAAAACAGUACUGGAAGUUAACAGCAGAGUGUGUUUGAUCCACUUUUAAGAAUGUCUCAAACCAAUUCAGGAAAAGACAGCCAAGCGUCAGAAGCAAAAAAGGCGAUCUCACUACCGAUCUCCAGAGUGCGGUUGAUCAUGAAGAGUUCCCCGGAUGUCUCCAGCAUCAACCAGGACGCUCUCUUCCUCACCACCAAGGCUACUGAGCUGUUUGUGCAGCAUCUGGCGCUGACCUCCUUUAACAACCGCUCCCAGACGGACACCAACACCCUGGACUACAGCGACCUGGCUAAAACCGCAGAGGAGAGCGACACUUUCCACUUCCUCACAGAUAUUUUGCCAAAAAAAAUUCUUGCUCAAGAUUAUCUGAAGUCUUUGGAACAAAUGCAAGAUGAAGACAGUGAUUUCUGAUAAGGAGAGAACUUCUUUUCCAAUGUGGACAUUUUAUCACAUGUACUCUGCUGUCAUUGAGAGGAAAACUGAGACGGCACAUGGACUUAAUUACUUUUCAGCUCACUCAUGUGGUUCAUGUAGAGAUUUUAGAAAUAAAAAAAGGUGUGAGAAUGGGAAACUUGAGUACACCAAAAAUAUUAAAUGAUGUCCCUCGGAUCAACUUUAACUCACGCAGUCCCAGAAAUAACUGCAACCAAAUAAAAUGUUUUAACACUG